CGCAGCGGGCUGGGACCCGGCCAUUCCUGCUCGCCCGGCCCAGUGGGUGCCCCGCCGCCGGGAGCCGCGCCGGGUCCCGCGGGUCCCCGGGGAGGCCAGCGCCCGCCACGCCGAUGCCGACGGAGCCGCGGGGAGCCCGCCGCCGCUAGACCCGCAGGUCCGCCCGCCCCGCGCCCGGCGAUGCUCACGGCCGUCUGCGGCGCCCUGGGGAAGCAGCCCCCCGACGCCGCCCGCGCCUCCCCCGGCCCCCUGGACCUGCCGCCGCUGCCGCCCUUCCAGCCCCCCGGCAGCGCCGCGCCGGGCGCCGACUUUGCCUCCCCGCCGCCCCCGCCGCCCCCCGAGGCCGCCUUCCCGGCCGCCGGCGCCUACGAGCCCCAUGCGCGGCUAGAGCUGCCCGCCGGCCCCCCCGGCCCCUACGCCAAGCUGCUGCAGGCGGCCCCGGACAUGGCGCAUCCCUACGAGCCCUGGUUUCGGCCGCCCGGCCCCGCCGGCGAGGACGGCACCGCCGCGGGCUGGUGGGACCCGCACGCCGGCGCCGGCUGGAUGGAGCUGCCGCCCGGGCCGGGGGGGCUGCAGGUGCCGGGGCCCCCGGGGCUGCCGGCGGCGCUGGCGGGCUACGGCGCGGGCGACCCGCCGCUCUGCGGCCCCCCGGCCCACCUGCUGCCGCCGCCGGCGGAGGGGCCGGCCGAGGCGCCGGAGGGGCCGGCGGAGGCGCGGGGGGCCGAGGCGGAGGGCGGCGGGCGGCCCAAGGGGGGGCGGCGCGGGGUGCCGCGGGGCGGGGGGCAGGCGGCCUGCCGCUGCCCCAACUGCCAGGAGGCGGAGAGGGGGGGCGGCGGCGGCGGCGAGGGCGCCCGGCGGCGGCACCUGCACAACUGCCACAUCCCCGGCUGCGGCAAGGCGUACGCCAAGACCUCGCACCUCAAGGCCCACCUGCGCUGGCACAGCGGCGACCGGCCCUUCGUCUGCAACUGGCUCUUCUGCGGCAAGCGCUUCACCCGCUCCGACGAGCUGCAGAGACACCUCCAGAGCCACACGGGCACCAAGCGCUUCGGCUGCCCCGCCUGCGGCCGCGUCUUCCUGCGCGCCGACCACCUCAGCAAGCACCUCAAGACGCACGACGGCCCCAAGGACGGCGGCCGGGCCCAGGGCGCGGGCGACGCGGCGGCCGGAGCCCCGGUGCAGCCCGAGGCCGCCGGUGCCGCCCCCACAAACUGAGCCGCCGGCGCCCCGCGGCCGGACCCCCCCGCCGCCGCCGCUGCCGCCGCCACGCCGGAGCCGGUGAUGCCGGAGGUGGGAGGUCCCGCGCGAAGCCCACCGAGACGCCCCGGUGCCGGAGGGUUCCCGCGGCCGGGAGCGCCGGAGCCGCCCCGGGCGGUUUCACUUGUCACCCUCCCUCUCCGGCGCGGCCCCCCCCAUCCUCCCCCGGCUUCCCGAACCUUUUUUUUCGGGAGGCUGCUGGCAGGCGCCGGGGCUGUUUGGGAGCGACAUCAAUCGCCUCCGAAGGUGCGGGCGCUGCCCGGGCACGUCCGGCCCGAGGGGGAGGAAGGCGAGGGAGAGAGAGAGAGCGAAACCGUGAGCCCUCGCCGGGGAGUGGGGGGCUGCUGCCCCCCAGCCCCGGGGGGCCCGGCCCCCUCCCCAAGCAUCCCCGGGGGCCAUGGACCAGCUCGGCCUUGGGUCCCACCGUGGCGCUUUAGCCACCCGUGAGGUUUCGGUGCCGGCGGGGGGGGGCAGCACCCGUGGGGCUGGCAGGCGGCUCCUGCCCCAUGGGGGUCCCACAUUGAGCCCCCCCCUUCUGCCAGGCUUGGGGGUGGGAUCCUCCCUCCCGUUUUUGGCCCAAAUAGAGGCCCGAGAAACAGCGCCCGGGAGCCGGGGAGGGGGAUGCUGUGCCGCGGGGGCCGGCGGGGGGACCCAUGCCGGGGCGGUGGGGGGCCGGGGCGCGGGGGGGCCGGGGGCCGGGCCGCCUCCCGGCGCGGUUGCCCAAGCCGCACACCUGCUGCUUUCCCACGCCCACCGCCCGCCGCGGCCCCGGGCGUGAAGCGCGCGGCGGCCGCGGCCCCGGGAGAGCCAGCGCGGCCGCAUUCCUCCACCCGGCCCGGCCCGCCCCCACCCCGGGGCCCCGGCGUCCCCGCAGACCCCAUAUCACCAGCGCGCCCCACUUGUCCUCCCCGGGGACCCCAUAGCUCCAGCUGCCCCCCCGUGCAUGCUGUACGUCCCCCCCGGGACCCCCCAGCCAUCCCUCCGCGGGGACCCCCUCCCUGGUCCCCAUGUCUUCCCUCCCCUGGGGACCCCUUGGCCAUCCCCUACCCCAGGGACCCCCCAGCUGCCCUUCACCCCCACAAUGCUCCGGUUUUGGGACCUUUUGGGUUUUUUUCCCCUCCAAUUUUGACUGAACCCCUUGGAAAAAGGAGACGAUGAACCUGGGGCCGGGGCUGGGGGGCAGAGGUGGUGGUGGGGGGGGGCACAGCCCGCCCCACUGCCCACCCCAGCCGACCGCGGGUGGGAAUCCGGGGAGGGGGGAGGUCUGGGGGGGGCCGAUUUCCCGGGGUGGGAGCCCAUUUCCCAGCAUGGCCCCAUUCCUGGGGGCUUCGGGGGGGCCGCGGCCAGGUCUGCGCAGGCUGCCCGCGUCGAAUCGACCGACGGGCUGCAGAGGGGAGGGUGGAGGCGGUGUCGAGGGGGGGGUCUGUGCCCAGAGGGGCUCCCCGAAGCCUUUGUUUUUGACUGUUGUAGUAUUAUUAUUAUUAAUAAUUAUUAAUUAUUAUUAUUAUUAUUUUAUUAAGGUGAAGCCAGGCUUUGCCACUCGGGCAGGGUGGAUGGUUCGGGCUGAAGCUGUAUUUGUGGGCCUCUUUGGUGGGGGGGGCAGGACCCAUCGCAGGGCCCUGUCCCCGUCCCGCGUGGGGCUGAGCCAUGGGGCCGAUAGCCGUGGGGCCGAUAGCCAUGGGGCUGAGCCGUGGGGAAACGCAGGGAGCCCACGGGCGGCCGGAGAGACCCGGUGCAGGGCGAAGUCUCGCUGGGGGGGUCGCAGGGCUGCGUCCCCUCCCUGGGGAUCCGGGUGACCCGGGCUGCCCGCAGCUCUCGAAGGAAGUCCCCAACUCCAGCGUUUACCGUUUCCAGCACAAAAUUCCCAACUUUGUGCACCCCAGCGAGACCCCCCCCCGUGCCUGCGGUGCCUCCGGCCCCCCCGAGCCCUGGGUCCCCCCGGGCGCAGCCAGCUCCGCACCCGGCUCGUCCCCAAAUGAUUUACCGGCAAACCCGGGCCGCGGGGUGGGGGCCGUGGGGGCUGCGCCGGGUCCCCCGCGGGGGCCGGGACCGGGCGUCUCGCCCCGGCGGGGGGACGCCACGUCGGGCCGCGGCCGGGGGCAGGUUUUCGGGGCGGGGGGGGGCCCUGCCUCCCGCCGAUGGGGCAAGGCAGGCUGCAGAACCGGGCGGGGAGGGCCCGCGGCCGGCCCCCACCCGCCGAAACCAGUCCAGCCUGCUGCGGCGCGGGGCUGCCCGCCCGCGGCCCCGAGCCGCCUCCCCGCGCACGGAGAAACCCGCCCGGCCGCUGCGGGGGCGGCGCCGCGGCCCCCCCGGGGUCCCGGCUGCGGGGGCCCCGGCGCUGCCGCUGCCGUCGGGGCGCCCCGGCGAGGAGGCGCUGGCGGCGGCGGCGGCUGCGCGGGGAGCGGCGCCGGGGCGGUCGCUUCGCGGGGGGGUUUCGUGUUUUGUACUGUAAUAAACCGUGUGUUUUCCACGC